ACGUAUUUAUUAUAAGUCCUAAUAUAUUAUAUUAAAUUUAAAAAGUAAUUUGCGGUAAAUAAUUCGAUAAUUAUUGCACAUUUCUUAGUUUCUUCGUUUCCUAACACUUUUUGCGUAUUAUUUUGGCAACGAGUGGCAACUCUGCAAUUCAAUUCACAGCGGUUGGUGAAGAGCGUCGGCAAUUUUCCGACAAUUAAUUUUCAGAGUAAAGCAGCGAAAAUGAGACGUGCGGUUAAUGUCGAAUAGUGCAGAAUAUAGUUAAUUAGUUUUAGUGACUAAGUGCGAAAUAACAAUCGGAGUGCAUGGCUUAAUGUUAGGAGCAUCCCAUUUACUAGCUAUUGUUAUCCUGCGCGUUAUUUCCGUUUCGUUUUCGGGUUUCGUUCGUUGUUUUUGUUGUUUUCGCUGCAGCAGCUGCUAACGACAAACACACAUACACAUAUACAAAUCGCAUACAUAGUCAGCGCUAUAUUUUCGUUUUGGACCGACGUCACAUCAUCAUACAUAUCCAACAAUGGACAUGGAAUACGUGAAUAUCAAUGAAUUUAACGACCUCGAGCUGGCGACGCGCAUGCGCACCUGCAACUAUGAGAAAUAUAAAUCUCUCGUACGCAUGCAUCUCUCGUUUGAGCUUGAAUUGAACACCGAUGAAUUCGAUUUAGCCUGCCACGAGAUUGUGUACGAGGACAAAGGCAAGCUCAAGAAAUGGAAUCGCCUGUCGAAGAAGCAUCGUUUGGGCCACGGUGGCAACACAGCUGGCGUUGCAACAGUGACGGGCUGUGCCACAGGUGCUGGUAGCAAAUCUGUGGGCAACAGUCCCACGGAAUGCUUGCAGCAACAGAUCGAUGCGGGCUUUCUAAUGCAUCUCCUGGAGCUCAAAGAGUUUCUGAUGCUCGAGAAGAAUCUUACUCAGGAGGGCAUAUUUCGUAAAACAGGUGCCGUAUCCAGGCAAAACGAACUGCGUUUGCAUAUACAACAGGACAAGCCACUGGAACUGGAACAAUCGGAAUUCUCAGCCCACGAUUGUGCCACAGUUUUCAAGAGUUUUCUCGCCGAAUUACCCGAACCAUUGCUCACAGAUGCCCACUAUCCAGCACAUCUACAGAUAGCACCACUGUGCCAAGCUCUUACCGAAGAAAGAACACAGUCGACUUUGGAGCGUCAGCAACACUUGCUAAACUCGGUGCAAUUGCUCUUAUUAUUGCUGCCUGAGGAGCAUCGUGAGUUGCUCAAACACAUUAUUGAAAUGCUGCAUGCCGUCUCAUUGCACGAGCAGAGCAAUAAGAUGACAGCAACCAAUUUGGCCACGAUAUUUACACCACAUCUUAUCUGUCCACGCAACCUGCCGCCUGAGGUAUUGCACUAUACGGCGAAACGGAUGUCAAGCAUCAUCGCUUACAUGAUAUCCCGCAACCUCGACAUCUUUGCUGUGCCUGCGAAACUGGCAACUGAUAUUCGGGCGUACUUUCUUGAACGCAAACGCAAGAAAACAAUGUCGCCGGAGCAAACGCUUGACGAAUCCAUCUCGGACAUCUCGACGGUCAACACGGUGUACACUUUUGUAGAUCGUGCAGCCACCGCUGCGGCCACUAAUACUAACACUACGGAUACGGAGCUGGCCCAGCUAUAUGCUCACAUUCAAAGUCUGCCCGAGUCAUCGAAGAAACGGCGACUAAUCAAGCAAUUCAACAAGCAGAAUGGGCAGGGUACUCCACUACAGUUGGUUGUAAUGAAUCGACUAAAGAACAAUGAGGCAACUCGCAGCGCCAAAUCAUUGGGCGAUUCUAUCAAGAAGCACAUCUUUCACAAGAGCCUUAUGUCGCGUACCCCAAAACGUGCGCCUGCUUUGCAAGCUAUGAGCGGAUCAGAGACGCCAAAUUUAUCGCAUGCCAAGGCGCCCAAGUUGCGCGUGCUAUUCCAAAGUCCCACGCCUGCGAUGUCAUUGCCUCCAUCAUCCAUCAGCGUCACCGCAUCUGGCACUAACCCUUUGCACACGCUUCAGAAAUCCAUUUCAUCCACAUCGCUGAAGAUCGAAUCAUCGUCAGACAGUAGCAGUAGCUGUGGUGCGAAUAGCAGCAGCAGCCACUCGGCGCCCGUCAGUCGCCAGCAAUCACAUGAGCUGGCGUCUGUGCCCGCCGCUGUGCCCGAAUUGGACGAGAUCGAUACACGGUGUGUGACCCCGUUAAAGGUUAUCUCAGCGGCAGCACAGCAACUGAUCAGUGUGGCAGCUGAUAAGAAGAGUGUGGCAUGGAAUGAUCGACGUCUGCACGAGAUCGAGGAAUACUCGAAUCCCUGUACGCCCGUACAGCAAUCAUCACGCUACAAGUCGGAGCCUAAUCUCUGUAGUCUGCGACCACAGGUGCAUGGCGUUGAAGAUGACGACGACGAGGAGGCUGCGUUAACGCCCAUUGUGGAGGUGUCAACGGCAACGAGCAGCGGUAUGGGCAAAUCGUUGACACGCAAACUGAUGAAGGGCGUCAGCAUGGGCAAUCUGCGUUUUCCAUUCAGCACACCGGAGACCACAAAACGUUUGGUGCGCAGCGUUUCGGCAACGUUGAAGCGACGUCCUAGCGAUGACGCCAAGCAGUCGGCCUGCCAUUUGCAGGCGGCAGACGCACCCCUGCUCGAGGAUAUGGAUGAUAGUGAUUUGGAGGAAGCUCAAGAUCAUGCCAUCGAUGAGGAUACUUUAUCGGAAACAAAUGCCAGCUCUAAUGAAUUGCCCGCUGGCAUUGGCUUGCCAGGUAACAUUGAUUAUCAUCAGCAGCUGCUACAGAGCAGCGUUUAUCGUAACCUCGAUCUAAUUACGAGUACUCCAUCGCUCCGCAUGGGUCGUCGCUCAAUGUCGCCCAUCACGAAAUCUACCCAACGCAUGCCCAAGGCGAUGCAGGAAUCAAUUAUGACACCGCGUUCUCGAAAACCGGUGAUGCUGCUCAAUGCAUUGGGCAAUGGCGAUAAGCAACCGAAUCCUUGCUUUGUCGACCAAGCUGAGCAAACCGACCAGGACGAGCUGAUGGACAGCAAGCAAUUGGAGCCCCCUGCAUUGCACUGCGAAGAUGCUACCUCACUGGGCGGCUAUGCUGAUAUACUGAGGCGACAGUAUAUAAAUGGCACAUUGUUGUCAUCUCGCCAGCGUUCAAGCAGCAGCAGCAAUAGCAACAGUACAGAGGAGCCAUCAUUGGAGGGCAAACCACACAAUGCGCUCACAAGCGACUUCAAGGAGUAUCUGCUCACUCGCAGCGUUCUGACAGCCAGUCCAGCGGAUCUAUCCUUUGCCAGUCGCUCCGAUGAUUUUGGUGGCACCAACACUACACAGGACAUUGAGGAUUACGAUGAAUCGGAGCUGAGUCCCAGUUUGCUUUACUGCUUGGAUGGCAAUGAACCGGCGGCGGUUGCUUCGCCCUUGGGUAGCUUCAACAGUAGUGGUCGCAAACGUUCCGCAGAUACACCGCUUAUAACUGGUAUUAUACCUGAUGGGGAUGAUGACCAUAAUAAGGAGAACAUUUUGUUCCGAGAUGAUGAGGAUGCCGAUGAGCAUUUACUCACCAAAAAAUUACUGAUUACUUCUCGUGAGGAGUAUCCAGGCGAAACGGCACUUUAGUAUUAAGCAAGCAAACAUUUAGCAUUGCACCUUUUUAACGUUAAAACCGUUGUACGGUUUUAAAAAAUUAUCUCUUCUCAAACACAUUGCUUCCGUGAAAUUGUUUUCGAAAACAAACAAACGAGCCAACAGAAAUGUUGGCACAUUCUUUAUUAGUUUUUAGGAUACAACGUUUUCGCUUUGUAAUUGGCCGCGUUUUCCACAUACUGUUUAAGAUUCUUACAUUUUAAAUGCAUGCCCCAUAAAUAUUCAAAACCAAUAUUGCUUUCAAAAUUAUAUAUUUUAAUAUACUUAAUCAUUAAUAAAAGAUAUUUUAUUACUUAAACAA